GGUUGGGAGAAGAAGAAACUGAUAAAGCUGUUCUGAGUAAAAAAUCUGCUUCAAGUAUGAAAAAAGAACUUCUCAUGAUGAUGAAUGAGUUUCCAGAACCACUAGAAUUCCUCGAUUUCCCAUAAAGAUUGAAAAGAAGGGAGAACAUUUUUGGGAUAUCUCGCUCUUGACUGGCAUGCAGGCUUUUGAGGCACCCGAUAAUAAUAUAAACCUGGCUCUAGAGAAAAAAGCCGUCAAUGACACGGCUAUCUCCCAAUAUAGCCUCUACAUCAAUGUCAGCUCAAUGAAUUUCACUAACUUAUCGAAUGAGACCGUUUCUGGUCUGAGCUCGAUAACGAGGGAGAACAUUUCUUCGAGUGAGAUCGAUGAGGUCAUGCUGAUGCAUGCCAUAGGAACUGCGGCCGCUUUGGGAGUCAUCAUGAUAGGGACCGUGAUCGGGAAUGUUCUAGUAAUUCUAUCCGUGUUCACUUACAAACCGUUGAGAAAUGUUCAGAAUAUUUUUCUUGUUUCAUUAGCUGGAGCGGAUAUCAUGGUAGCCGUCUUUGUAAUGCCUUUUAACGUCGCUUAUUCCAUAAUGCAGAACUGGAUCUUCGGUCUACACAUUUGCAAGUUGUGGUUAACGUGUGACGUGCUCUGUUGCACGGCCUCUAUUUUAAAUCUGUGUGCUAUAGCUUUGGAUCGAUAUUGGGCUAUACACGAUCCAAUUAACUAUGCCCAAAAAAGAACUUUAAAAAGAGUCCUUUGGAUGAUAUUUGGCGUGUGGGCCAUUAGCACUUUGAUAUCUGUACCACCGCUGAUUGGCUGGAAUGAUUGGCCUGAGGUGUUCACGUCUCAAACUCCUUGCACUUUAACGUCGCAUCGUGGUUACGUCAUAUACUCAUCAAGUGGCUCAUUCUUCAUACCCCUUGUCAUUAUGACUGUGGUUUACAUAAAAAUAUUCCAGACAGCACGAAACAGGAUACGCGUAAAGGCAAAAACUGCCGCCAACAUGCUCAAGAAGGAUAAAGUUUCAGAAGUUUCUACAUCAAAAACUCUCAUGCCCCCUCUCCAGACAAUAUCGUCUGAUGUGUCCAGUCGAGAAUGCCUGGCGAAAAUUGACAACAUGAGCCUCAACUGCAACUCUUCAUCAAUUGAAAUGGAAGAAAAGUCCUCCGACCCUCAAGAAUUAAAAGAAGAAGUCUCAAAUCAUCAUGGGGGUAACGGCAAGUCAAACAGCAAAAUGCCACCCCCACCACCGGUCGUAACAGUGAAGAGUUACAUGGAACAAAAAGAGCGCAUUUGCUUACAAAAGGAACGAAGGGCAGCUCAGGUGCUGGGUGUAGUGAUGGGCGUAUUCGUACUGUGCUGGAUGCCAUUUUUCCUCAUGUACGUCAUCUUACCGUUUUGCGAAAAUUGCGAAAUAUCAAACUUAAUGGUCAACUUCAUAACAUGGCUUGGGUACAUGAAUUCCACACUGAAUCCCGUAAUCUACACUGUAUUUAAUGUAGACUUUCGGAAAUCCUUUCAGAAAUUGCUCUGUGGCAAACUAAGUCGACGGUAGUUCUGUUCAAAAAUGUGUGCUACUUUUGAAGUAAACUAAGAAUUAAUGUUUAAAUAUAAUAUAUAUACAUAAAUAUAUUAAAAGAGAGGAAUAUCUAUAACCAUUAUGAUCUAGUUUGAGUAUUGAGCUAUUAAGCAGUUUAGAUCUUUCAUAAUUUUAUAUUUGUUGAAUAUGUAGAUACAAUUAGAAAAUAUGUAAUAAUGUGUGUGAUGUAUAUAUGUCCUUUUCUUGUUUUCAAUAUUUUUUUUCUAAGAAAAUUGUUUUCAACAUUUAUAUUUUCUAAUGUUUCUUUAGUGUAUUAAAUGUAAACCAUGAUAAAUUUUCAAUUCAUUAAACUGCAUUUCUUAGCAAUCUAUUUGGCAUAAUUCACAAAACAGUAAGAGUUGUCCCGGUUUCCUGUAUACAUAAACUCAAUAAUUUUAGUUUAAUUCAUUAUUUAUCUGCUAUAACAGACAUCAAAAUACUUUAAAUUAAAUAUCUUCAAUCUUAGUAUUAGGUAAAAAAAAUUAAAUUAUAAUUUUAAGUUUUUUGAAGGAAUAUCUUUUAUUUAUGCUAUUUUAGUAUGCCUUAAAAAUUUUUAAAUUCAAAUCUCAUUGCACUUCAUGUAUAUGUUAAUAAGAAUGUAUUAUAAAUAAUAAGGCUAGACAAUUUUUUCUUGAUAAUGCAUCUAAAUAAUUAGAGUACUUUGCAUCUAAUUUAAUUUUCAGUACCUUAUAUAUUUAUCAGUAUAUUUCAAAUAUAAUUAAUCAAAUGAUUAUAUAAAAAUCAGUAUUAUCAAAUAUAAUUAAAUAAGAAUUCAUACAUAUAUUUAAAUGCAUAAAACCUAAAUAAUUACUUUAUUAUGUAACAGAUGUAUCAUUUAAUGUAACAGAGGAACUAUAAAAGUAUACUUUUUAUAAACUAAUUAUAAAUGUAAUAAAAUUUUAAUACUUUGAGUAUUAAGAUAGGAUCAGUUUGACUCCAGCUGAACACUUUUUUCGAGUGUCAAAACUUCGGAUAUUAAAAUUAUUUUGCAAGAAUUCCUUUGUAAACAAAUAAUGUUACCUUACCUUACUUCACGAUACCUUUGAGCAUGUUAUCAAAAACCAUUUAUUUGCUUAAAUUUUCCUUUCAGUUUUGUAUUUCUUACUCAAUGAGUGGUAGUAAGAACUAUAAUUGUAAAAAUCAGAAUUUCCGA